AUGGCCCCAAGCAACCCAACAACCGCACCCCUCCUCUCCCUCCUUCCCUCAUACAACCUCACAACCCUCCCGCCACGCCUGACAGCCCUCGCCGCCUCCCUCCUCACCCAGUCCCGCCAGCGUGCCCCACAACUCAAGCCCGAAGAGGAGAUUGCGCGUCCGUACGCCUGUGCCGAAAUCGCGGUCGAUCGGUUGCGGGAGGCGCUGCGGCUGCCGCCGAAGAAGACUGGGAAGGCUAGAGGAGGAGGGGGGCCGCCAUGCAAGCCGGCUGUGUACAGAAAGUUACUUGGGUUUUUGGAAGGUGUGCUCGAGCGGGAGGUCGUCACGCCGAAAAGCACGAGCAAGCGCAAGCGGGCUGUGAUUGUUGUGGAGCCGAGCGCAAAUGGCGAGGGUGAUAAUGACGAAGGCGAAGAGGUCGCAACACCAAGCAAGCGUGCGAAAACGAGCACUACAGCAGCAACCGCCACGCCCACCAAAGUCCGCACACCUAUCUCUAAACCCACACUCAGUGCCAGCAAACCUACCUCGUCGUUCAGCGGCCGCAUCUCAACUUAUAAGCCCACGAUACCGCACGCCGAAGCACCAGCCCAUAUAAUGCCCACAAUCCGUAAACUCACGAAACACUACAAUACCUCCCCUAUGGCGCCACACAUCUACACUGGCGUAUGCGUUCUCCUCCGCCUUGCCAAUAUCUGGCCUCCCUCCCCCAACACCGAAGACGUCCUACGCGAAGACUUCCACGCCUCAACCACAGCGCUCGUCGUGGCGCUAUACCUCCUAGUCCUGACACGAAUGCAAAAGGGCCAGUUGAAGACCAAGACGUUCAAUGCUGUAGAGUAUGAUUUCGGACUGGAUCAGAAGGCUAAUCGUGAGGGCUGGGCCAAGGGACAGGACUGGUGGGAUAGUGUGCCUGAAGCCACGUUGAACGUUGGUGUGAAUGGAAUGGGUGGUGCGGAUGGUGACGACAUCGAGAUGGAGGCGGACGAUGAGGAAGAUCUUGUGAUGCUGAGCGACAACGAAGCAGAAGUAGAGGAGGUCGCGGCAGUGGGAGUCACGAAACGAAAAAUAGAGGUCGGUCUGGAGGUGGAAGAUCCGGAAGACGUGCUCUUGCCUGGCCUGGGGACAAUGAUGCAAGACGCUUUGGAUUGGAACAGCGAGGACAGGAAACGUGCUUUUGAGAGUUGGAAGAAGGGCAUAAUGAAGCGUCUGGAAAACAUGGGCUCGAAUGCUGCCGCCAACCGGGCGUCGGCAGGUAAGAAGAAGGCAACACCGAGUAGAAGGGCGAACGCAGUUGUUGCACACUGA